AUGGAUCCGAUAUGUGGCACCGAGCAAAAGGGGAACACCUAUUGGACGGAGAUUUGGAAGGAGUUUCACGAGCAAAAGGAGUAUGUGCAGCCGCAUCCUAUCGUGUCAACCCGCAAUGUGGCAUCUCCCCAACAUCAUUGGGGGCUCAUUCAAGGGGAAGUAAACAAGUACGUAGGCUACUACUUGCAAUUGACCAAACGCUCUCAAAGUGGGAUGAGAGUCGCAACUCUCACAACGGUGGCGACCACUUUAUAUCAUGAGGUGGAGAAGAAGCCAUUGGCUUUUAGCCAUUGUUGGAUUCUAUUGAAUGGCAAGCCAAAGUGGAAUCAACUUGUCGCCGAGCUCAAGUAUGGAAAGAAGAGGAAUGAUGGCUCAAGCUCGAACCAAUCAAUUGGGUUGUACGAUGAAGACGACAAUGUUUUCGUGACGAAUGGAAAAGCCACCGUGCCGAAGGAUAACCGCUACCAAAAUGGCGGCUACAAGAAAGAGGAGAGGUACAAGCUCUUGUUGGAUGCGCAAAAGGAAAGGAUGAAAUGGGGCCAGAAGAGGGCGGAGAAGAAGCUCGAAAUUGAAAGGGAGAAGGUCGAGUUGGAGAAGCAACAAGCGGCGAUCAAAUGGGAACUCGGGAAGACCAAGACAUUUGGCGACAUAGAGCUUGAGAAGGAGAGGUUAUAA